UUUUUGAAAAGAUAACACGAGGGUUUCGAUCUCGCAAUUUUCUACUAGAAAUGGAUCGCUGUUGUCUUCGAAUAUACGAAAUAAAGCCUGUUGGAGUCGUGGCAUUUACCAGCAACGGAGUAAGGUAUACUAUCGUGAUCGCACAAAAUAAAUCGUUAUCGACGUCAUUUCUCUGUGGAUCAUGAAUACAGGUCCGCCCCCGCGAUGUUUACUCCAAUAAAAAUCAUUUAAGACUCAUUGCGCCCUCGUUCAAACAUUCUUAGUGCCCCAAGGACUAGUUGUAGUCUCAUGACGGAAUCCGAAUCAUGGGGCUGGUGGAGCCAACAAUUUGUUUUUGUUAUCCAUUGGACGCAAGAAUCUUCGUCGUCAUUCCUCCGGCACUAAUAAAGUAACAACAAGGAAAGGACUAUCUAACUUAAACUUUAUCUUUAGGACAUACUCUUGAAGAGUUCUUGCACGACCUGCAUCAAAAAUUACCAUGGGCGGGCGUGGGGGAAUCAAUAUCUUGGGCCAGAAAAAAUGGCACGUGUGGAACAUGGACAACCGCCUGCGGGUGGAACGCGACGAACGACGGCACCGCGAGCAGCAGGAGGCCGCGCAGCGAGAGGAACAGCAAGGCCGGUUUCAGGACAAGGUCGCGACUCUCAAGCGUAAGAACCGGGGGGCAAAGAAUGCUGCACUGGAAGACGAUGCUAUCACCAAACAUCUGGAAGACCAGGCCGCAAGCAGACGAGCGACCAAGAACAUGCUGACAAACGGCUCCUCGUCCUCGUCUUCGUCCUCGACAACCGCAGCUUUAUUUGCAGCGGCAUCCGCAACGCUCGGAGAGGUCGUGGGUGAGGACGACAGUGACCUCAAGAAAGCUCCGGAAGUGCGGCACGUGAAUUUUUUCCAGGAGGAGGAGAAAGCCUGGAAAGACGCGGAACUGGCACGGGCGAAGAAGGUCGAGCUGCAGGCCAAGGGUAGAAUCCUUGGAAAGAAGGGCACCUUGGACGGCAUGAGCGUGCAGCGUGAGAUGUCUAGUGACAUCGCGGAUAUCAAGAAGCAGCCGGUCCCCUGGUACAUGAAGACAGGGCAGCAAGCCGCAGGAGCAGCACCUGGUGGUGGUCGUGCUGCCAGCUCGUCGUCUUCAAAUAAACUACUCCAGGACCACGACGAGAGGAACAGCGUCGACAAAAAUAAACCCAGCAACGAUAAUAUUCGUCAACUUGUUCAACAGACGAACCAGCUACAGUUUCUCGCACCACAAUCGUCUUCAGGUAAAGAUGAUGCGAAGAACGGAGCAGACACGACCCACACAUCGGCAGAGAAACAGGAAGUGAUGAUAAAGAAAGGCAAGCACAACAAGAAGUCGAAGAAGACAAAAAAGCGAAAACGCAGCUCGUCGUCGUCCUCAGCGUCGUCGUGGUCCGAAGAGGAGGGGGCGAAAAAAGCUUCGAAGAAGAAGAAGAAACGGAAAAACGACGAUCUUCUUGCUUCGUUUGAUACUUCAAAACUAUUGUCCCACUCGCAGCUCAGAGAAAAAGACGAAUUGAAGCAGCAAGUAAAUGGUUGUAGAUAACAGUUGUCCAAAAAGCGUUGAAAAGUCGACCGAAAUUCCUGGAUACUUACCAAGAAUGUUGAGAGACGCUUGAGCGCUGGCCAAAACGCGUUUUUCAUCGGUCGUUGCCCAGAAAAGGUUGCUGUUCUUUAACUCUUUCCACCUUUGCGUGAGGGCACCGCACGUUUUCAAACAGAAGUGCCGAGAGCAUGAGCGGA